CUAAACAAUCCUUUCCACCACCUUGCAUUUAGCUGUGAUGCUUAGAGUACCUUUCCCAGACCUGAAGAGGCAUUCUGUGUAGUUGGAAAGCUUGGUGUGUCUCACCAAUAAAAGUUAGUUCAAUAAAAGACACUUCACCCACCUUUCUCUCUAAUAUCCUGGGACUGACCUGGCUACAACCACUCUGUAUAAUAUAGUUUGUGUAAGGGAAAUGAUGGCUCUGUUUCCUUUUAAGUGUAAGGAGUGAACUGGAACAGAAAAUGGUGCUUUACAAACUCUUCCAACAGCAUCUGGCUCCUUAAAUAUAGAACUGCACCAACAGAGGAUAGCUGAUGCAGUUUGACAGGGAACCUAAACACAAACAAAACAUAAUAGCCCAUUUCAUUCCUCUGUGCCUGGGAUUAAAAACAACGUUAUCAUCUGUGUUUCCAGCACCACUGCCCAUUCUAGAGCAAUCGUUACAUAACAUACUUGGUUUGCCUGUAACAAAAAAAAGUUGGCAUCUUUUGUAGGUCCUGCCCACAAAUUGUCCGUUAAGAUUAUGUAACAGAUGAAUCUGGUCUGUUUGGUACUUUUUUAAAUUCAUAUUUUAAAAUAGGUGAUCAGCCUGUUGGUUUGCCACUAUUUUAUUAAACAUCAGAAGAGUUUUCCAGUCUCACUUUUUGAUCUUAAAAUUGUAGUUCAGUAAUUGAAUUUUGUCAGCUUACUUUGAUUCCAUUGUCAUUGUAAAUAUGUAUGAGCUGUUAAAUGGACCCAGUUUAUCCAUUGUGGAAUUUUUAAAAAAUUAGAUUUUGUAAAACAAGUUGUAGGAGUAAUAGGCAUAUUUUCAGUACUUCUAAACACUGCAGUGGACAUGUAUUUUGAAGACACACUCAACUUUUCAGUCAUGGUUGUCUGAAUUUUAUCUGUUGAUGUGUGUAAAUGUUCUAUCAGUUCGUCUGCAUGUUUGUUUGACAGCACCAUGUAGUUUAUUUCCAUUGUUUCUGUUUUGUGGGUAUUUGACACCUGAACAAAACUUUGGGGGGUGAGGAGGAAAGACAUAAUAAUUACAAACUACAAAUGGCUAGAGGGACUUGGGACUGCUGAAAUAUGAUCAGUUUCAAAGGAAUAUGUAAGCUGUUUCAUGCUUUUAAAACAAUUCCCAUACUAGACUUCCAAACAAGCUGUUGCUGCUUGAAUACAUGGAAAUCAGAAAACUGUAUUUAUUUGGAAACAUACUAUAUAAGUAUGGAAUUGGCUAGUCUUUUUAAACUUUCUGUGCUGAAAACUAAUGUAUAGUUUGCUUUCCAAAGCUCAAGGAAUGGGCUCCAGUUCAGUUAAACUCCGUGUAGGAUCCCUCUUCAUGAAUGUUGGGAAGUCAGAAAAGCGGGAUGCUGUUAUGAGACGGACACCACACGUGAACAUUAAUCCCUUUACUCCAGACUCGCUGUUCCUUCAGACUUCAUCUGGACAGUGUCGUAGAAGAAAGAGAACACAUUGGAAUGACUCUUGUGGGGAGGACAUGGAAGCAAGUGAUGGAGAGCUUGAAGAUGAAACUAUUAGACCUGCCAAGCGGAUCACAAUAACAGAAAGUAAUAUGAAGUCACGGUAUGAAACAGAAUUUCAUGAAUUGGAGAAGAUCGGGUCUGGAGAAUUUGGUUCAGUGUUUAAAUGUGUAAAAAGGCUCGAUGGCUGUAUCUAUGCUAUAAAACGGUCCAAGAAACCCUUAGCUGGCUCAGUUGAUGAGCAGAAUGCUUUAAGAGAGGUCUAUGCACAUGCAGUUUUGGGGCAGCACUCUCAUGUAGUCAGAUACUACUCUGCCUGGGCAGAAGAUGAUCACAUGCUUAUACAGAAUGAGUAUUGUAAUGGUGGCAGUUUAGCUGAUGUCAUAAGUGAAAACUACAGAAAUAUGCGCUAUUUUACUGAACCCGAGCUGAAAGAUCUGUUACUUCAAGUGGCUCGUGGCUUAAAGUAUAUUCAUUCAAUGUCACUGGUACACAUGGAUAUAAAGCCUAGUAAUAUCUUCAUAUCUAGGACAUCAGUUCCAAGUAUGACAUCAGAGGAAGGUGAUGAUGAUGACUGGUCUUCUGACAAAGUUGUAUUUAAAAUAGGUGAUCUUGGCCAUGUAACUAGAGUAUCUAGUCCACAAGUAGAGGAAGGAGAUAGCCGUUUUCUUGCAAAUGAAGUUUUACAAGAGAACUAUACUCACUUGCCGAAAGCUGAUAUUUUUGCUCUUGCUCUAACUGUUGUGUGUGCUGCUGGUGCUGAACCACUUCCGACUAAUGGAGACCAAUGGCAUGAAAUUCGACAAGGAAAACUGCCUAGAAUACCACAAGUUCUUUCUCAAGAAUUAUUGGAUUUGUUAAAAGUUAUGAUUAGUCCAGAUCCAGAGAGAAGACCUACAGCAGUAGCUCUGGGCAAGCAUUCAGUGCUGCUGUCUGCUGCCAAAAAGAGUGCAGAACAACUUCGUAUAGAAUUGAAUGCUGAGAAGUUCAAAAAUUCACUGUUGCAAAAAGAACUGAAGAAGGCACAAAUGGCAAAAGCUGCAGCAGAAGAGAGGGCGCUGUUCAGUGAUCGAAUGGCAACUAGAUCUACGACACAGAAUAGAACAUCUCGACUCAUCGGAAAGAAAAUGAACCGCUCAGUUAGUCUUACUAUAUACUGAAAUAUCCAUUCCAAAAAAAACCCGGGGAGAGACUAUGAAAUCUUCUUAGUGGAUUGAAUUUUUGAGGAGUUGAAGGAAGAAUUCAAUUUCUGGUUUCUUGCCCAGUCUUCAAUCAGUGUCUCUAGUUUUACAGAAAUAACUUCUAGGAUUUUUAAUUGCAAUAUACAGCAAAUUAGCUGUAUUAACAAUUGAGAUAUUGGACUUUAAUAUCUGGUCUAUUGAAAACGGAUGUUAAUCCAUAAGCCUUUCAGUUACACUGUUAAAUGUUACACCAUCCCCAAGUUAACCACUAUAGGGGUGUGCUGCUUUUUAGUGUUACUACUUUGUAAACAAAAAAUAUUUCCUUAUAUAAUCUUAAAAGAUUUCCCUUGGAACAGGAAAGGAAUGCUGAGGAGACUGGUUUAAGGCCAUUCAAUAUACCUGGUGUCAGGAAACUUUUUUUAUUGUGAAUUUUACUUGCCUGUUCAACUGGGAGCACUUUGUAGGCAUUACUUAAACCAUGGAUAAAUAAGCCUGUGGAAGUAUAUGCCGUGUGAAACUGCUGCUAUUUUAGUUUUUGUCCUUGCUGUAAACUGUAGCAUUAAAACAAUCAUUGUGUUAAUAGGCUUUCUGUUAAAACAAUUAUGUGAAAAAUAUCUAAGCUGCCUUUAGUGAAAGCAGCAUUUUUCUUUAAAGCUAGUGCAUUGUGAACUAAAUGCACCAAUUUUAUAUUUGAACUUUGUAUUAGUGUAGUGCAAUUGUUAAAUGUCUCAGCUAUUAAUGUGUUUGUAAUUUUUUAAUAAAGUUCUCUGAAUGUUGGGGAUUUUCCUCUUCCCUCUCUCUCCCUUCAGUUUCAUGUUUGUAUGGCUAUUGUAUAUUUUUGUUGGGUACCUGUACAUAAUUGUGCUGUUUAGUGUAAGUAUUUUGGCUGUUCAGUGUUCAUGUACAUAACUGUUUGAUCUUGCUCAUAGUAUACUAUACUAAACUGUAGUCUGGGAUGCCAGAAGACUGAGUUGACUCUGUUCCAGUAUAUGUUCUGAACUGAAUACAAUUUGGCUGUCUAAUCACUUUUUCUGAUACUAGUUAAAAGAUGACAGAUAUUGCUGAAAAUGGAAUUUGUUUAUUACUGGCAUGUCUCUACUCAUUAACUUUGAUUUAAACAAUGUUCCCCAUUUGUGUUUCACUUAUUUGUAUUAGUAUUUAAUUGGAAUAUUAAAAGUGAAAGGUUGA